UAUAAAAACGUCAGUCAAUAUUAUUGUUUUCUGAGGUUAUAAAAACUUUGAAUACGAAAAUUUAAUAAAAGUUUCUAGAAUUAAGUAUUUACGAGGACGAAAUUGCCGAAGUUGUAAUGAUUAUUGUAUGUUAUGAGUUUUUCCAAAAAUGACACUUUUCCGACUCUAUCUCUGGUGCCAAUAGUACUGGCAGCGGGGACGGUCUAUAUCGGAAGGCGAUAUUUUGCAACACUUUUAUUGAGUCGAGGUUCAAGUGAUACUACUUCGAAUGCCGUGACUCGUAGAAGACGAUUUGCCAAGAAUUCAUCAUUUCCACGCCGGCCAAUACAAAUUGGGAAUUUUCAAACUACUUGUAAUACUAUAACUUCUGAAGAAACAAUGCCAACUACUAAUAAUCGCCGUAUUACACGUAAUAAGGUGUCUUCCACAAUUUCUAGCAGUCCGGUUCCAGUUAUUCCAACAGAUGCUCAUCGAUAUUCUCCUUUAACAACUAAUAAUAAUGGUGGGUUUAACACAACUAAUGGUGCAACUAGUGAUGUAUAUCCACCGAUUGCACCAAAACAUAUUCCAUUUCCAAAUACGCCUGUUGAUCAUCAAUUAUAUUUUGAAUUUGUCAUGUUUCUGUUUACAAUUUGUGCGGCAGGUCUGCAAUUUGUUCAUCUUUAUCGAAGUGUUUGGUGGCUUCCACAUUCGUAUACAAAUCAUGCUUUGAAUUUCUAUUUAAUCGAUGUUCACUUAGUAAUAUUUAUUGGUACUGUAUUAUCACGCCGUUUCAUUUAUAGUGUACUUUGGUAUUUAUUACAAUAUUUUACAAAUCCAAAAUUACUGCCAUUAUGUAAAAAAUUGUUAAAAUUUGUAACACUAUCGACGGUAUUUACAAUUUUAGUUUGGUGCACAUAUAAAAUCGUACAAAAUCAUCCAAUUGUAAAUAUUUUCUAUUUGUGCUAUCCAAUAUCUGUGUAUGUUAUAUUAUUCGGAAUUAAUGUAUCACCAUUUUUGGAAUUAAUUACACCAACGGAUGUUUUAUAUUUGGACGGAAAUCCUUUACAUUCAUGUACUUCGAAUGCUGCCGCUGUACGAACAGAAGUUGAAUUUCUUAAAACAGACUUUAAUAUGCGCAUGAAACAAAUAUUAUUCAAUUCUGUACUUCAUGCAUAUUAUGUAGGAUUUGUUCCCUGCUGUUUUGCACAGAGCUUUCUAUAUUAUGAUGUCUAUUGGGCAACACAGCAUUUAGUCUUUGUAUGGUUGGGUUGUUUCACUAUGAUAGCAGUUCAUGUAAUACCUGCAAGAUAUUGUGAUGUUUUACAUCGUACAGCACUUCACUUGGGUGCAUGGAUUAGAGCUGAUAGUGUAUCAUCAAAUUCUAAUUCACCACGUGGUUGUAUGUCUUCAAAUGCUACAAAUAGUGCUCCAAUACCUUGGAGUCCAGAUGUUUUAUAUCCACCUGGAAUUAUUGUUAGACAUUAUAGGGAAAACUAUCGAUCGAUGAAUAUUUGUAAUGCUGCUGAACCAAAUAAUAUUAUGCACAGCAGAUUCUAUACAAUGUUCUACAAUCCAUCUAUAGCUCUCUGCGGUAUAUUAGGAUUACAAUUAUGUUUGGUGUUUGUUCAAUUGAUAUUACUUUUCCGGAGUACCGUAUGGUAUCAAAUCGUAUCACUAACACUCUUGUUAUUUGCAAACUAUUACACUUUGUUCAAAUUGGCAAGAGAUUACUUAAUAUCGUGGAAAAUGUAUAAAAAUCUUAAACGUAGCUAUAUGUGA